CAAAAACACCAAGCAUGUCAAGAAUGAUUAUGAUGGGUCGACAUCCCAUCCUUCAUUAUUUUUUGUUUUUGUUUUUUUUUGUGUCACUUUUUCUCGGAAAAAAACGAUGGAUUGCGCUUGGCGUGGGGAGAAAGCGAAUGGAAGCAAGGAAAGGGAGAUAGAUAGAUCAGUCCAGUUGCCGGCUAAGCAAAACACCCGGCAAAGGCCAAUGUCAUACUUUGGCAAGCUAGCAAGGUAAGCUACGAAAGUAUGUGUGAACCUUCCCCUGUCUCUUGCCCGUCAACCUUGUAAGGCGGCGCACGGGGGUUUGUCGUUAUUCCCCCUGUUCUUGGCAGACCGAUGAUUCCCAAAAAUGACACCCGUUAUCUCUUGUCAUAUUUGUUCACCCCUGCGUGCCGUAGUAGGUAGCACAUUGUGACUGGCAAGUCAGGUCUUUCUUUGGUUUUCUUCAUUCGGAAAAAUGAAAGAAAGAAAGUGAGCUAGGUAAUGUUGGUGCAAUAGUAUUUAUUGUUAUUGCUUCUUUUCAUUACUUUUUUUUUUCUUCUUUGUACUUGGAUUACCUUUUUUCUGUCCCCCAGCACACAAAAACGACAUAUUCUUAUCUCUGUUGAUAGUUUUUUAAUCUAUCCAAUCUUUGACCGCGAUAAUCGGACGUUUUGAUCUGUGAUAGCCUUCUUUUUCUCGCCUCCCCGUGCUUGCUAUCAAUCUAUCUGAAGCCAAACAGGAAACAAAAAAAUCAACCAGUAGCAAUGGGCGAACAGCUUCAAACGCCACAAAAGCCAUCGCCGGAACCGUCCAUAUCGCACGGAAGAGGCGGUGCUGGCAACAUUAACCCGGACGCCACAAAGUACGUCGACGGUGAAGUGACGAGGACGGGCGUCGAGGGCACGCAUGGCGAUGGGGCGUACAGCACGGGACGAGGAGGCGCUGCCAACAUUGGCGACAAGCGCAUCAGCUCGACGGGCCGCCUGGACAAGGACAACGUGCCCGAGGCGGCCGUGAGGCCCUCCACCGACGGUCAAGACUUUCACGUCGGGCGUGGCGGCGCGGGCAAUGAGCACGUCGCCCCCGCUCCCGUGGCCGACAAGAAGGCCGAGGAUCACCCGGUAGGCUUGGCCGACCGGCUGAAGGCUAAGGUGUUUGGGGCUUUCAAGAAGUGAGCGGACGUGUGUGGCGUAAGGAUCUUGGGGAUGGAUGAGGAGGCGCAUAUGAAUGAUGAUGGUGAUGGUAUAAUGGGGGAGCGGAAGAGGGAAGAUGGGUUAUUGCUUUGGGUAGUCGCAAGGACUCCUAAGUGUUUUUGAUCUAAUGUUUAACACAUCACUCACCACAGAGUCGUCAGCGAUGACUCACGUCCGAAUAAAAGGAUUGAAAACCAGCCACCGUUGGGGAUAUUUACAUAUUUGCAGUCUUUGGAGCAGUCCACCGGAGGGGUUCAGCAGACAGACGCAAAUGACAACCAAAAAGAAAAAAAAAAUCAAAAGCGGAACCGCCCAUCCUCCAACGCAGAAAAUCCUUGCCAUUCUUGAUCCCAUUCCAUCUUACUCAUCUGUAUCCUCGCCGAGGUAGUCGUAGACGAGCCUAA